CGACGCUUCCGGUCAUCUGCUGAUCCUGGUCUCUGGGGAAGGUACAUCGCUUUUAAAGCAGAUCGGCGUUAGAGUGAGGUUUAAUUCAUUUUAUAGCGUAUAAGGACAUAAAAUCUAACCAGGGAUAUCCCAGUCUUUAGUCAUGACACCAGGAGGAUGGAAAUUAACGAAUGUUAUAAUUCUGGGAUGUGCUUUUAUGUUCGUUUUCACUGCGUUUCAAACUUGCGGUAAUAUUGAGCAAACCGUCAUCAAGAGUAUCAAUAGCACUCGGUUUCAUGGAAGUGGCUAUACCAGUUUGGCCAUAAUUUAUACUGUGUUUUCUGCUUCCAAUUUGUUGACUCCAUCAAUUGUUGCUCUUUUGGGAUAUCGACUUUCCAUGUUCCUUUCUGGAUUAGUGUACAGUGCUUAUAUUGCAGUUUUCAUUGAGCCAUUCACAUGGUCCUUUUACUUGGCUUCAGUCAUCAUUGGGGUAGCAGCUGCAGUGAUAUGGACAGCACAAGGCAAUUGUUUGACAAUUAAUUCGGAUGAAAAUACAAUUGGAAGAAACAGUGGAAUAUUUUGGGCUUUAUUGCAAUUUAGUCUUUUGUUUGGAAAUCUGUACAUUUAUUUAGCAUGGAAAGGAGAAAAGCAUAUUUCAGAUUACGACCGCAAGACUGUUUAUACUGCACUCACUGUAGUUUGUUUGGUUGGAAGUGUCCUAUUCAUUCUUAUAAGGAAACCUGCUUCAGAGCCUCAGUCAACAGAAAAUGAAAUAUCUGAUGAUGAGCCUGAAACUACACUUAGAACUGAAGGACGUUCAUCCCAAGCAGUAGCUGCAUUCAAGAGUGCAAUCAAUAUAUUUUUUACCAAGGAUAUGCUGCUCCUAAGCGUUUGCAUUGCUUACACAGGUUUUGAGCUAACCUUUUUGAGUGGGGUGUAUGGCACAUGCCUGGGGGCAACAAAUCACUUUGGGGAUGAAGCCAAAAGUCUAAUUGGUUUAAAUGGCAUCUUCAUUGGCGUUGGAGAGAUUGUAGGUGGAGCAACAUUUGGUUUAUUGAACAAAUUCCUCAGCAGAUAUCUUGGCAUUGGCCGAAAUCCUGUAGUUCUUCUAGGCUUAUCAUUACAUAUUCUAACUUUCUAUCUCAUUUUCCUAAAUGUGCCAAACAAUGCACCAAUGGUUUCUGAUGCAGGGACAAGUGAAGCUGCUUAUAUAAUUCCAAGCAAAGUUAUCGCAAUAGUAUGCAGUUUUCUUAUGGGACUAGGAGACAGCUGCUUCAACACACAGCUCCUCAGUAUUCUGGGAUUUAUGUAUGCCCAAGAAAGUGCUCCUGCAUUUGCUAUCUUCAAAUUUGUGCAAUCUAUCAGUGCAGCAAUUGCAUUUGGCUACAGCAAUUAUCUAAUGCUCCAGUGGCAGCUGCUUAUCCUUUGCCUGACUGCGUUCUUUGGUACUGUCUCCUUCAUCUUUGUGGAGUGGAAUGCAAAAUCAAAUUUCCAAGGUCACAGUUAUGAGCGCAUUUAAUGAAGAAACCAUCUUUUUGAAACAAAAGUAGUCUAAAUUUUUAAGUUCUAUUUUGAUUCUUGAACUUGUCUGUUAAUGUAACUUGAGCAUUUUAGUUUUACUGUGUAAACUUUUUCAAAUAUUAGUGUCACUUAAGGAUCUAACUGGAGAAACUAGUAAUUUCUAUUGGCUUUAACUUGAAGCUUUACACUCGUAUACUAUAUUGGGCAAAACCAUUUUGCUCAAACUUAAAACAAUGCAGUCAAGAAAUAUUCUGAUUGAAGCAGAUCUGAAUAUUCUAAAAAUAUUUAGCUGCUCUCUAAGGAAUGCUGUUUUAAGCAUUUCCCUGGUAGUAUCCAUGAGCAUUAUUUAGAACCAAGAUUUCUUGCAAAAUUGACUUGUUACUUAAUAGGCAACAAUCAGAUUUCAUUAAAAUAGGACAUACUUUUGUUUAUGACUCAGAAAUUUGAGACAUUUCCAGUUCUUUUGAAUAAGGGUGAAAGGGCUUGUUCCUGUUCUAAGACUUCAGUCACUUGUUUAUAAACUAAAAGUUAGAUAGUUCCUAUUUCACCAAAUGGUACUUUAAUUGGUAUUGUUAGCUUUUUAGAAUUUAUUUUAGGAAGAUGUAUUUCAACGAUAUCAUUCAUAACUGAUCAUGACUAAUCUGACAAUUUUACUAAUUUUAAAGUGUUGGUGAUUUAUAUAUUGAAAACACUAAUGUCUGGUGUUUUUUUUACUUCUGGUAGUCAGCUUUUAAUCACUAAUAAUUUAGCUACAGAAUUUAUCCUUUUUGCUGUAUGAUUGUCAAUUUUUUUCAAAAAUUGAGCACUUGAAAUGGCUACAGGUUUAUCAGUAAUGACUGUAAUGUAAAAUUUUAAAAGGAAAUGUUAUAAGCGAGAAGGGAUUUAAAUGCUAAAUUCUGUAUUACAUGAUGUCUUUACUUGCCAGUCUCACACUUUUAGAAUUGUUUGGGAAUUGUAUUGAGUAUAUUUUUGAUCCUAUUUUUAACAAUUUGUUUUUAUAGCUACAGUCACUAGAUACCAAAGCAAAAUGCAGAAGUAUUUUGAUUUCUAUAAAAGGGGAAACGUUCUUCCCUAUUUAACAAAAUUGGAUGUUCACCAAGUCCUUUGCAAUGAUCUAGGUCAGGGGUCAGCAACCUUUACCACUGAAAGAGCCACUUGGACCCGUUUCCCACAGAAAAGAAAACACUGGGAGCCGCAAAACCCGUUUGACAUUUAAAAUGAAAUAACACUGCAUACAACGUUUUGUUUUGCCUUUAUGCUAUGUAUAAACAAACUAUAAUGUGUUGCAUUUAUGAAAUUGAUGAACUCCUGCAGAGAAAACGAAAUUACAUUUCUGCAUGCAACAAAAACAUUUUGAACUCCGAAAAAAAGACGUUGGGUUGAAGGUUACUUUUAAGUAAAAUACUCAACGUCUAUUUGAGUCCUUCUUGUAUUUAUGAAAAACGCCAAACUUAAAUUUGCCGCCAGCAGCAAACCAAACAUAACGUCAGCCAGCUGUCAACCUGAAAAAUAAAAGGACUAUUUCACUGAACAAUGAAAACAUAUGAAUAUACGUAAAAUAAUAGGCAAUUAAAAUAUUUAUCAUACUUGUUCAGGUUGACUCACACCUGACAAUUCAGUAGGGAUGGAUCGAUGCUUAGGGGAGUGACCGGGAAGGAUAAUGUGUUUUUUUCCUCUCUGAACUCACAGAAGCGUUUCCCAAAUGAUGUUUGCAUUGCGAAGAUUGCAGAAUGUAAAUACUCCGAAUUUAUCAUGUUGUGACCUUGUUUGAACUCUCUCAAAUUGGGGAAGUGAGACAAUGUGCCUUUCUGUAAACCUCUGGCAAGCAACGUCAACUUGCGCUGGAAUGCCAAAACAUCCUCCAACAUGUGCAGGGCUGUACGUCCUUACCCCGUUGAAGAGCUGUGUUCAGCGUGUUCAGGUGCGCUGUCAUGUCUACCAUGAAGUGUAGCUUUUCCAGCCACUCUGACUGUUCCAGCUCAGGAAAGUUGAGCCCUUUGCUGCCCAGGAAAGUUUUCACUUCUUCCAGACACGCGACAAAGCAUUUCAGCACCUCCCCUCUGGACAGCCAGCAAUAAAAACACGUUGUAGCGGUGUGCUACACGCAGUCAGUAAACUGCAGUCAAAGAUAGCUUUAUUCGAACUAAACAGCCUUGCUUUUAAGCCUCCCUCAACCCGCCCCCCAUGGGCGCGGAUGCUGCAAAAGACACAUACUCACAAACCCCCGUAGGCUAUCUCCCUUAGCCUGAACGCUGGCUAAUUGUGAGCCGGUUCGGAUGUGUCAGGAAAUGGGUCGCCACAACGUCUUAUUUAGAUUGUACAAGAUCACCAUAAUCUUCAAAUUUAGAUUUACAUUUCAAAAACUAACAAACUAACAUAAAAUACAUUUUAAUUAAAUACUGACCAUGUAGCGGUGUGCUGCACGCAGCGCUAAAAUUACGACACGGAGUCGGUAACUGCAGUCGAAGGAAAAAACUUUAUUCGAAAUCUUCAGCCUCACUUUUAAGCCUCCCUCAACCUGCCCCCCAUGGCGCAGAGGCUCCAAAGCUCUGUGCUCGCAAACCCCUGUAGGCUAUCUAAUUGUGAGCAGGUUCGGAUGUGCCAGGAAAAGGGUCGCCACAACCAAUUAUUUCCCAAAGCAACAGGGAGCCGCAGCACAGACGUAAAAGAGCCACAUGUGGCUCCGGAGCCGCGGGUUGCCGACCCCCGAUCUAGGUGAUAGCAAUACGUUGUAACUCAGCAUCAACAUUGAAUCACAUGGUGGUGGGUUCAAAUUCCAUUCCAGAAUGAGGCAGAGCUCUGAUGGCAGUCAGCUUUACUUGUUCCUCAGGGUGGGUGUAAUAGAACCCAUGGCACUACGUCAAAGUAAGAUGGGACAGUCUUCUGGUCAUCAUUAAUCUUUUGACUAAAACCAUAUCUAAGGACAGAUUACCUAGUCAUUUUUGGGGAAAUGCUAGAAUCCAUUAUUAUGGAAGAGUUAACACGAUAUUUAAAUUAUGAAAUGUCAACUGUUUACUCUUUUCUGUAGAUGCGGCUUGACGUGCUGAGUACCUCCAGCAUUUUGUGUGUGUUGCUUUGGACUUCCAGCAUCGGCAGAUUUUCUCAUGUUUGAGGGGGAGUUAAAUUUAUAGCAUGGAGCAGAGUCAUCAGGCAUUGUGGAAAAACACAUUGUAGAUGAAAGGAUAACUGCCUAACUAGUGUAUGUAGAUUUUCAACCAGCCUUUCAAAAGAUUAGUAAACUAAAUUGAAGUGUAUAAAAUUGGGGAAGAAUGCUGGGGAGGGUUGACAGAUUUAUCAAAAGAAAACCAUUGGAACACCAGAAUCAUUUUAGGGAGGCUGUGAUUGGUGGGUGCUGUGGUCCCAGCUGUUGCAAUAUAUUUCAUUGAUUUGGAUGUUGGGUCCAAGUGUAACAUAUCUAGUUUGCUGAUAUAAAUCAGAAAUCUGAAAGGAAGUGUGACGAAGAUAGAGAAACAUGAGAGAGAUGCAGAUGAGCUCUGUGAGGAUGUCGCAGAUGGAUUAUAAUGUAAUGAAAUGUGACAUCAUCCACUUUUACAGGUUGAAUGAUGUUGGUGUGCAGAGGGAUUUGGGUGUCCUUGAGUAGUUCAGAAUGCAAAUGAUAUAUAAUAGUUCAGAAUUCAAAUGAAAUAUUGGGCUUUAUUGCCAAAGAAUUUGAAUACAAUAUAAUUGUAUUGCACCCUGGUAAUACCACACCUUCAAUAUUAGAUAAAGUUUGGUCUAACUGAAGAAAGGUUAUUUCCUUCAUAUUUUCAACUAUGCAAUUUUGGUAUGUAUCAAUUACAUGACCUGAAAUUAUAAUUUGUGAUUAUCAUGUACAUGAUGAGAUUUGGCCUCAUUGUCUUCUAUGUCUUACAUCAAUCUAUCUGCAUACACUGGACGCUGUCUUCAAUUUAUAGAGACUUGUUUAUUAAGUUGUUUGGAUUGUGAUUUACAUUCCUUGAUGCAGCUGGAAACUGUGACAUUUUUGGUGUUUCAUUGAAUAAAUUAAGUAACUUUA